AUGGAGAAACACAUCAGCGCAAUCCUCGGCCGCACCAGCCGCCCUGCGACCCGGCCGCGGGCCGCCGAGGUCAGACCGCUGCCGCUGACGAAGGCAGUGCGGAAGGCGGUGAGGAAGCUCCUGGGCAAGAUGGUCAUGCCGCCCUCUGCGAACAUGGCUGGCCCGCCUGGCAUGCAGCCUGGCGUGCCGCCGAUGCAGAUGGGCAUGCCGAUGGGGGCUGGCCCAACUGGCAUGCGGCCCGGCGUGCCGAUGCCGAUGGGAGCUGGCCCAGCAGGCAUCCAACCCGGCAUGCCGAUGGGAAUGCCGAUGGGCAUGGGGCCCGGCAUGCCGCCGAUGGGAAUGCCGAUGGGAUCGCCGAUGAACUUCGGCAUGGUGCCCCCCGGCAUGCUGCCGGUGAUGGGCGGGAUGCCACCGCCAGGCGGCGGCGCGCCCCCACGCCAGCAGCUGCCUCCGCAGAAGCGGCGGAGGAGGUAG